AUGAGGUUGAAUUGUGUUUCGGUCAGUGACGUCUUCCCUUCGUUUGCCCACAGUGUCUGUCGGCCCUGCCAACACGGCCUGCGCAAGUAUCGGGUGAAGGCGAAGAUGGUGGGGAGAAGUGAGGCGCUGCGCCUUCAUGUCAGGAAGUUCGUGGCGGUCUGCGCCGCGGGAGUGUUGCUUCUCUCCGGUGAGCAAGUAGCUGAAGGCCAGCUGCCAAGCGUACACUUGAGUCAGACGCCGCAAGCCGACUCUGAGAAUGCUGUCCUCGAGUGCCGCUUCCCGCCGCCGGACGGGGCAGCCGGAACCCCGGGCAGCACCACGCUGUCCGAGACUCAGCUCUCCGCAGCUUUGCAAUGUACUGGUGAUGCGAUAGAACUUGUUCCAGCGUCGGAGAAGAAUGUAUGUGUUGCGCACGAUUCCAGUGCAAGCUUAUCCCAGUGCAAAAGCAGCAGCACCGAGACACUGAAGCAGGUCGAACUCCAGCUUCUUCUGGGCUCUGACACUCCGAUCCAGGUGUCGCAUUCCAUGCCCUCUCGAACCACCCAGAAGACGUGGAAGGUAGAGCUGAAGAGGCCACAGCUUCCACGAUCUGACAAGGCGUUUUUCGUCGGCUGCGUCAAUGACCAAAGCGACACAACGUCCAAUUGUAAACUGACGGUCAACGUCGAGGCCAGGAAAUCGGCCGUGAACAAUAACGUUGCCACCUGUGCAUACGGCCAAAAAAGCAACCCGCAACCACUGAAAGUGGAGAUGACGGGGGAGGCCAACACAGUGACAAUUGACUGCGGCGACGACGGCACAUUCGCUCCCGGUUCCUACAUGACUGAGUACUGUGUCGACGACGGCAAAAGUUUACGAGAAUGUGAGAAGAAAGCGUACGCAGACGUUUUUCCUGGGUUCGAGCAGAGCUGGUGGAAGGCGGAGGAGUCGACGAAGCAGGCGCCGACACUCACGAUUCCCGCUUCGGGCUUUCCGAGUGAAGACCAGCAGUUGCUUCUGGGAUGCGUUCCCACACGGAAGGCGAUCGCGAGCCGAGCAGCAGGAGCGCCUGGGUCACAGGCUCUUGGGGAAGCAGAUGCAGCUAACACUGGAGAGGAGACGUCGUGUAAGGUGCUUGUGACUGUGAAGGCAGCAGCCUCUUCUUCGAAUUCACCUUCCUUCGCUCUUGCGAGGCCAUUUCCCCUUGCUUUAAUCGUCUUGGUAGGGCUCUGUCUUGCGUUUACCCGAUGA